CGCGCUAUCGUAUUCUCGUAAUCUAUUAAAGAUAAAUAAACGCUAUAUAAAACAAUGUUUUAAAAUAUCAUUACCAGUGAGGACUGCGCAUGAUACGGUAGUUACUAAAAUGUUAAAAUGUGCAAUAUUCGUGGCGUUAACAUUAGUGGCGAUAGGAGAGAGUAAAGAAGUAAAACAAUUGAAUAUAGCUCAGGGACCAGUCCGCGGGUAUAAAGAUGCCGCUGAUGAUGUGUUUGUUUUUUAUGGAAUCCCAUAUGCAACUGCUCCAACUGGGACCAACAAAUACAAGGCACCUCUUCCACCGCCCACAUGGUCGGAACCAUUCGAAGCUGUCAAUAGAAAUAUAAUUUGCCCGCAAAUGGAAAGUCCCUUUAUGCCAAAUUCAAAUUCAACUGAAUCAGAAGACUGUUUAAUUACUAACAUAUACGUACCUGAUACAAAAACUAAUGAUUUACCUGUUCUAGUCUAUGUUCAUGGAGGUGCAUAUCAUAUGGGGAAUGGCGAUUUCGCUAUAGCAAAGAAUUUAAUAAAAGAAAAAGAAAUGAUUAUUGUUAAUUUUAAUUAUCGACUUGGACCUCAAGGUUUCUUGUGCUUAGGCACACCAGACGUGCCAGGUAACGCUGGAAUGAAAGACCAGGUGGCCUUGCUGCGGUGGGUUAAGAAAAAUAUUGCCACGUUCGGUGGUAAUCCUAACGAUGUAACCAUAAUAGGCUACAGUGCUGGAUCUUCAUCGGUAGACCUUCUAAUGCUUUCGCCAAUGACGAAAGGUUUAUUCAAUAAAGUUAUACCAGAGAGUGGGGCAAAUAUGGCAGCUUUUAGUGUACAGGUAAAUCCUGUAGAAAACGCUAAAGCAUACGCUAAGUUGAUUAGCUUUUCUGGCAACGAAGAUGACGUUUACGCUCUUGAAGAGUUUUACAAAACGGUCCCAAAAGACUUUUUGCAUUCCGUCGAUAUUUUACAGAACAAAGAUUCCACGUUCUUUUUUUCACCUUGUGUGGAGCGCGAUGUUGGUGAAGAAAUGUUUCUUGAUGAUUCGCCAUUUAAUAUAUUAAAGAACGGCAGACAACAUAAGUUGCCAAUGCUUUAUGGGUUUGCUGAAAUGGAAGGCUUGUUUAGAAUACCAUUAUUUGACAUGUGGAAAGACAGUAUGAAUGAGAAGUUCUCCGACUACUUACCUGGAGAUCUUCACUUUGAAAGCGAAUCAGAAAAAGAAGAAGUGGCAGAGAGAAUUAAGAGAUUCUAUUUCGGUAAUAAACCAGUUGGCGAAGAAACUAUAUUUAGAUAUAUAGAUUAUUUUACAGACGUUAUAUUCGCUUAUGCUACUUUACGAUCCGUUAGGUUGCAAGUGGAGUCUGGAAACAACAAUAUUUAUCUAUAUCAAUAUGACUUCGUGGACGACAGCACGCCACCCAUACCAUACACAGAAGUACGCGGCGCUAACCAUUGUGCCCAAACCUUUGGUGUCGUCGACGGUGCGUGGCCUAACUUGUCAGAAGAUAAACUGUCUAAAAGCACAAAGAAAAUGAAACAAAUGAUGCGUCAAAUAUGGGCUACUUUCAUUACCACAGGUAAACCUGUGCCUGAAGACUCAGAUCUUCCUCAGUGGCCUCCAACUAAAGCUAAUGGCGGACCUCAUAUGUGUAUAGACAAGUCGCUGAAGCUGCGCGGGCCACUGUUACAGCAACGUGUUCUCUUCUGGGAUGAUAUUUAUGAUAAAUAUUAUGACAUUCCAAAGCCGCCACCUACACCCACGCCGAGAGCAAAGUUAGAGUUGUAAUCCGCUAUUUGUGAAAAUAAAUGAUAAAGUUUUGAUUUUAAAAAGCAAA